AAUAUUUCUUUCAAAAGUGAAGCCAAAAUCAUCCAAGAACACUAAAGUCAUCGAAAUUUAAAACGACUGUGAAAAUUUUGCACUGAUUUUGAAAAUUUCAUAUAUUUUUCAAGAAUUUUUUUAUUUUGUUUUAAAAAAUUUAACUUAAGCCGUUCAAGAUGCUUCGUAUUCCUGGCAUGCCCCUCUUACCGGGCUCACUUUUCCGGGACUUGUCCAAAAGUCAUUUCCCGAAGCCGCAAAACUUUAUGACCUACAAGGGUAUUAGUAUGCUAAAUGACCGUCUACCUCCGAAACUAGUAGAACCGAAUGGCAUGAUAGCCGAUCCGAAUUGUCCGCCAGUGCAAAUACCAUCUCUGCAUCCACCUAAAAGCGGUCCGCGCUUGCCUCCUUGGUUGGCAUAUGAUAAACAAUGUUUGUGUUUUCAUGCCUAUUUCAAGGAAACAUUGCAAGAGGUUUAUCACGCCCCUUACCAAGUACGCAAAGUAAAAAUUUACUUCUACUUGGAGGAUGGUACAAUGCAGAUUAUAGAGCCUUGUGUGCGAAACUCUGGUAUUCCCCAAGGUUGUUUAGUGCAUCGCCAACGCAUACCAAAGCCACCACCAUGCGAAUCAGAGUUUUUAACUCUUUUGGAUUUAAAUGUGGAUGCUACAGUGCAAAUAUAUGAUCGGGUUUAUCAUAUAACAAACUGCGACCGUUUCACGCGUAAUUUCUUGAAUCGUGCAGGAAUAUCAGUACCGGAUCCUAUUGAUGAACCAGCAGACCCGACAGCUGAAUACCGUAAACGUGAAGGCAUAAAAAUUGUGAAUCCACCAGCGAAGAAACAUCCUUUCACACAGUUUCUACUAUACGACCGACAAAUAUUGAAAUUUCAUGGUUAUUGGGAUGAUCGAUCAGAAUUUGGAGAUGUACGCAGAUUGGAAUUGUGUUACUAUUUAGCCGAUGAUACAAUAGACAUCAAGGAAAUUUAUCCUCGAAAUUCGGGUCGCGAGGGCCCAGCUAGCUUUUUACGUCGUACUAGGCUACCCAGAGAAACAUAUGCAUUACCACUUCCAGGGCAGGAAACUCCACAAACUGUAUUAAAUGUUUUAGGUAGUGGUGUACGAGAUGUACGUUAUGUUAUAGACCCACUAAAUACUGGAUGCAAAGAAGUACUCUAUUACUCCGAUCGCGAUCUUCAAAUAGGAGCUGUAAUAAAUGUUUUCGGUCGUGCAGUUAUGUUAGUCGAUUGCGAUGAAUUUACUAGGUCGUACUAUAGAAAAAAGUAUGGCAUUGAAGAUUUCACCCCAUUACCUGUUCCACUACGUGAGAUUGAAGAAGUCGAAGAAGUAGUCGAACGCAUUCUGCCUCCAUAUAAUGGUUGGGGCACAUAUGAAGAUUCAGAGGGCAACUGUAAGUCUGUUGAACCUAAACCACCGCGUAUUGAUUUCAAUAAGUGGUAUAAUUAUGAGCGUUAUAUACUGCGCUUUGGUGCCAAACUACUAUCAACCAUACCGGAAAAUUGUGAACGGUCGUUUGUUAUUUCCUACUAUUUAGCUGAUGACACAAUUCAAAUUUACGAGAUCGCAAUUCGUAACUCUGGUUUCUUAGGUGGAGAAUUCUUAAAACGUACCCGUAUUGAGCUGCCUGGCCAAAAGAGGUUCAGUGUCAAGCGACCAUUAUGCUAUGAAGCCAGUAAUUUCUACAUUGGCGCAACUAUGAAUAUUAACGAUUUCAUUUUCACUGUUGUAUCGGCCGACGAGUUUACUCUAAUGUAUAUGGAACACAACUGUAGUGAGUUCCCGAACUCUGAUAUAAAGAAAAUUAUGGAAAAAGUGCGCGAAGCUAUACGACCCAACUACAAAGAUUUCGUAGGUAAAUGUUUACCAGCAACAGCUGAAGGUGCUAAAGAAAUGAAGUUUAUAAAUUAUGAAACGGUUAAGCGUGCACUUUCUGAUUCUUUGGGUAAUGGCAUUACCAAUCACGAAGUAAUUACGUUAUGUCGGUACUUCGGAGUUGAGAAAGAACAAAUACUAUCUUGUGAUAGAGAAUAUGUACGAUCUGCGGCGCAUCUUGAAAUAAAACGCAACCUGUGGAAUGCAAUAGAUGAAUUAAAAGAGCACUUAUAUCACUUAAAUCCGGGCCAAAAACCAUUUGUUUCAGAAAUGAAAAUACGCUCUACACUUAAGGGUUGUCGGUUGCCAUUUGGCCCUGAGCUUAUAGAUAAUAUAUUAAAAGUUUUGAGUCGUAAUUCUUGCGGUGAUAUAGAAGUUUGCGAUUUUAUUAACUUCUUGGACAUGGGAUGUGGCAGAGUAUGCGAUAUACCACCAAUGAAUAUUGCUUUUGAACUGUGUCCAAAGAUUCCAAAUUUAAACAAAGGUCGCUUAAUUAAUUUCGCUUGCUUCUUAGAUGAAUUAGGAUUAGAAAAGGAAGUCCUGGAGAUUGAAGAAGAAAAUUAAAUACUGUUCUAAACUAAAUACGAAAUUUCAAUGAAGUUGUAUUGUAAAGUAAAUAAAAUAAAUUAAUCAUAAUUAAACCAAAAACAGAGUGACCCCUUAUGGAAGAGAAAAAAGUCCAAAAUUAAAAAAAAAUUUUUUUUUUGCUUACCUUAUAUUUUAAUACAUAUAGUUUCUGCAUAAUAUAAAAUAAGUGUUGUUUAUUUUUUCAAAUACAAAAAUUCUCAAAUAAAAUUAACAAGAUUUUUAAAUGCUAUAAGAACCCAAACCAGAACGAUGUGCAUUAAUAAAAAACUCUACCACACAAAAAUUAAUUAUAAAAACCAAACUAACUUUUAUAUACAAAAAAAAAAAUAAAAAAAUAAAUAAAUAAAUAUAUUUUAAAACAAGUUUUUGAACAGGAACCCUGAAUUACCGCUUGAAUUAUUUAACUGACUUUAUACUAUUAUAAUAAGUGCUUUAGAUCACAUUAUU